AAGUAGGUCCUGAAUUGUUAUUGUAUGUGGUUUUGUCCAAGAUGACAGUGGCAUUGCCCUUGUCGGCUGAGAUGAUGACUAUGUCUAUUUAGCCGACAUCCCCCCCACCCCCACAUUCGAAAUGAUUCACGACAGGAGAUUUUCCAGACCAUACCCCCCACGAUGGGCAAGAGUUUGCUGUAUGUUCAAUUUAAGAAAAAAAUAAUGGACAACAAUUGUGUGUGGAAUUUUACAAAGCAAGAAAGGCAUUCAAUACAAAUACCUCCCAUACAAAAGGAAAAACAACAACACAGUCAAACUGGAAUAACCACUAAUGUAUUUCAGGUAUGUUGGAAACUCCCAUGCAACACAAGCGACGCCUAUAAAUACAAUGCAAAGGUAUACAGGCUGUAUUCAGAAGUCGCGUGAAAUGGAACCAUUAUGUUUACUAGCUAUAGGCUUCAUCUUAUUGCAUAUAACUCCUCAUAUAGAAACCAGGCUGUUUAUAGAGUCUGGUGGAGACGUUAUAUUAGGUGGAAUGUUUCCACUGCACAACAGCGUCAUUAAUCUACCACUUGAAUUCAACGCCGUUCCUACAUCUGCGGAUUGCGUAAUGUUAAACGAGAGGGCUCUGACAAGACUCUACACGAUGCUGUACACAAUCGAAGAGAUCAAUAAUAGAUCUGAUCUUCUGCCCAAUAUGAAGCUUGGGUAUAGAGUCAUAGACUCGUGCACUGACGUUAUGAAGGCUGUGGAGGCCUCCUACGAAUUCUCACUGUCUGGGUCGACACAGAAACCUCCGCUGGUAGUCAUAGGAGAUGCCUAUUCUUUUUUGACGAUUCCUGCAGCAUACACAUUGGGGUUAAAGCACAUUCCAAUGAUAAGUUAUUCUGCAAGUGCACCCAGCCUGAGUGACAAGACAAGGUUUCCAACGUUCAUGAGGACGAUCCCCAGCGACACAUUCCAGUCAAAGGCCCUUGCCGAGCUUGUCGGUCACUUCGGCUGGACGUGGAUUGGCAUUUUGGGCUCAGACGAUGACUACGGCAGGCAGGGCCUCGGGAAGUUCCAGAGCGAUGCCCAUGAGUAUGGCGUUUGCACCGACUUUCAAAUAUGGGUGCCGAAGAAAAUCGCGAUCAAAGAUAUCAAUAGCAUCGUGAACGUGAUUCAAAAUUCCACAGUGAAAGUAAUUAUUGCAUUUGUAAUCGACGCCGAACUUGAGCCUAUCAUCAAAGAGAUGGCCAGAAGACAGAUUGUUGGGAAAACGUUCAUCGCAAGUGAAUCUUGGAUUAGUUCUCCAGUCAUUCACAAACCGCAGUAUGCCGACGUUCUUGAAGGCACCAUAGGGUUUGACAUGAUUAGCGCCGACAUGAACAAGCUCAGCGAUUUUCUUAGAAACAGCAAACCUACAACAGACAACCCGUUCAUGACUGAACUGUGGCAGGAGACAUUUCACUGUACACCAUAUCCAUCUGGGCUCGUGGACGCCGCGCGCCUACCGGCUUGCAGCGGAGACGAAUCUCUGGGCAGCGUGACCUCGUCGUUCUUCAACCCGAGCGAGAUGACCGUGCCGUACGCGGUGUACCUGGCGUUGUACGCCGUGGCCCACGCACUGCAUGAGCUCACCGCCUGCACAACGUGGACCAGUGUCUUUGCCGGAGGCCACUGUGCCAAUCUGUCUGACAUCCAGCCAUGGCAGGUAUGCAUAGAGGUUAUGAGGUACUUAAAGAAAGUUGACUUCAAAGAUAACGGCUACAACAUUAGAUUUGACGCAAAUGGAGAUCCCGUUGCCUAUUACAUCUUGAAGCAAUGGCAGCGGAAGGACGAUGAGAACAUGAAGAUGGUAGCAGUCGGGUCCUACACCAAUCUAAACAACAACACGAACAGCACCAACAAAGGACAUCUCAUCAUCAACGAUGAGCUCCUCAUUUGGAUGGGGAAACAGCUGAAGGCUCCAGAUUCAUUAUGCGUGGCUGCUUGUCCAGAAGGCAGCAAGAAGGAAUACGAAGCGGGGCAGCCCUCCUGCUGCUACAGAUGUGUGCAAUGCUCAGAUGGCGAUUUCAGCAAGACUAAAGACGCCAAUAACUGUAUGAGGUGCCCUCCGGACUCCUGGUCAACGGGAACACACACCGACUGCUUUGUUAAACCCGUGCAGUACCUAAAGUGGGACUCAGUCGAAGGGCUCAUUCUUCACAUUGCUGCGAUCAUUGGCAUCUUUCUCACGUUCGAUGUACUCUUCAUUUUCUACAAGUAUAGAGAAACACCAAUCGUAAAGGCGUCAAAUUUCAAAAUAAGCCUCAUGCUAUUGAUUUGUUUGUUCUGCAAUUUCCUCUGCAUCUACGUGUUUGUCGGCAUACCAAAGCCCUGGAUGUGCAUUGCCCGCCAGCCCUUUUUCGGUGUCAGUUUCUCGUCCUGCUUGUCUUGCAUCUUGGUCAAAACAAUCUCAAUGAUAAUUACGUUCAAGCCCAGUCUAACCAGGAAUAACACAUUCCACAGACAAAUGACACGCGCAGAAAUCCCUAUCGUAGCCGUGGUUAUUGUCAUCGAAGUUGCAUUGUGCGUGGUCUGGUACUUCCUAGCGUCUCCAAGCGUAUUUAGGAAUGAAAACAUAAAAGCCGACACAAUCUUCCUGCAAUGCGAUGAAGGCUCUCCAUUGAACUUCGCGUUUAUUAUCGCGUAUUUGUACGUUUUGGCAUUGAUUUGUUUAAUGCUAUCAUUCAUGGUACGCAAGCUUCCUAAUAACUUCAACGAGGGCAAGUUCGUGAUGUUCAGUGCCUUAACGUUCUUUAUUGUGUGGAUAUCAUUCAUUCCCGCUUACAUUCUGAGUAACGAGCACAGGGUCGUUGUCGAGGUCAUCUCUAUCAUUCUCUCUGGCUACGGAAUCCUUAUUUUUCUGUUCUUCCACAAAUGCUACAUCAUUUUGUUUCAACCACAAAAAAAUACAAAAGAGCAUUUAGAUAAACAGUUGAUGGAAUUUAUACAAAAAGCGGUGGAAGACAAGAUUGGAGGAGCUACUGCUACGCACCCAGUCCAGGUCACUUAGAGUCAGCUUCAGGACCUCCGUGAUCUUAGUCAUGCCCUCAGUCUACAUUUGCGUGGUUAGGUUUAUUUUAGGUAAACUAUCCUGGUCUCGCCUGCCUAAACAAAUAGAUUUUUAAAAAAUGUAAUUGUGACUCCGAACCGUGUUAAUCGAAUCACAGGGGGUGGGUCUGGUUGGCUGAGCGUGCGUUUUUCUCAUUGGCUGAGAGAAUGAUGGGGGUGGGUACGUUUCCUUGGCCGGCGCGCUGUAUCUUCUCACCGCUAAGCGAGGUCUGCUUGUAUGUUCUAUGAUUCCAUCUGCAUGCAUAUGUAAUCAAAUAAUUGUGGAUGAGAGUUUUACAGUUGUACCAUUUGGAUGUAUUUCAUGCAAUUCUAACAAUUUUUAUAUUUAGUAGUGAUAAUUUAUCUAAAAUUUUCAGUGUUUGCAAGUUCAAUUAUAUUCAAUCAUUUAUUAUACUUGGAAUUCAUGCAGUGUACUCAUAAAGUUACACUCAUUACUACACGUGUAUAGCUAUAGAGCAUAUUCUUGGGGUUUUUCGGUAAAGUCACGUAGAACAAUUUUUUUUACAAAAAACUAUGACGUUUCCAUCGCAACACAAGCAAUCGUCAUCAGGAGGAAAAAAUAAAGCUAUAGAGCAGUUUGAAUUUCCUGGUUGAAAUGUCGGAAAAAUAUUUGGUAAAUGCAUAUCGUUUUUAAAUCGAGAACCUGUAGUGAUCUAAACAGCCCAUAACACAAGCAUUAGAGAUAUUGGCAAACGCCUGGGAAUCUCUCAACCCCUUUGUUGCUGACCGCUUGGCAUUUUGGGUCCUUGAGCCACUUCUACGGGACUGCUUUUACAUUCAUAAGAGGUUUCUUUGGGUUAGAUGGCGUACAUAUACAGUGAGGAAAAAAAGUAUUUGAUCCCCUGCUGAUUUUGUACGUUUGCCCACUGACAAAGAAAUGAUCAUUUUAUAAUUUUAAUAGUAGGUU